AUCUUCCUUUACAACGAAGCUUCAAGGAUUUCGCCGGUCGGGUCCUGAAUUUUAGUGAAGUGUUGUGCACUCUUGGUUGAAUCACUUCUUUAGGAUAUUCAAAAUGGCAAAGGUAGCAACUAGUGAAAAACAGCUCCAUUUCGUAGAAAACUUUGGACUGAGUGGUGCCGCAGCUAUCAUUUCCAAAACUGCUGCUGCCCCAAUUGAACGAGUGAAGCUUCUUGUUCAAAAUCAAGAUGAGAUGUUAAAGGCAGGACGUCUAGAUACCCCAUACAAGGGUGUUAUCGACUGCACAGCUAGAACGUACAAAGCAGAGGGCUUCCUUUCAUUUUGGAGAGGUAACCUUGCUAAUUGCAUCCGUUACUUCCCAACACAAGCCCUGAACUUUGCAUUCAAAGAUCAGAUAAAGGCUCUUUUCAAACCCAAGAAAACUGAUACAUAUACCAUCAAAUUUAGCAAGAAUAUCGCCUCUGGUGGUGCUGCUGGUGCCAUGUCUCUCUUGUUUGUGUACUCCUUGGAUUACUGCCGAACAAGGUUAGCCAAUGACGCAAAGGCAGGCUCCAAAGGUGGCGAGAGGCAGUUCAAUGGCAUCAUUGACGUGUACCGCAAGACACUGAAGUCAGAUGGUAUUGCUGGUCUAUACAGGGGCUUUGUCAUCUCCUGUGUGGGUAUUGUGGUGUACCGUGGCUUCUACUUUGGUCUCUACGACACCCUGAAGCCAUUGCUGCUGGGCGAGGAUGCUGGUCUCAUCAUGUCAUUUGUCCUUGGGUAUGGUGUAACAGUUUCCGCUGGUUUGAUGUCCUAUCCCAUUGACACCAUCCGUCGUCGUAUGAUGAUGACAUCAGGAGAAGCUGUCAAGUACCGGGGUUCAAUUGAUUGCACAGUCCAGAUUCUCAAGAACGAGGGCUUCAUGUCAUUGAUGAAGGGAGCUGGUGCUAACAUUCUGCGUGGCAUGGCUGGCGCCGGCGUGCUUGCUGGCUUUGACGAGUUCAAGAAGUUGUACAUCAGCAUCCGCUUCAAGGAGUAAAUUUGUGGACUGACAUGUUUGUAGCUGUGAAUUACUGAGUGAAUUGUAACAUUUUUCGUGAUUUUUACAGAUGGGACAAGAUGUGCUUGAGUGCAUGUGUAAUUUGGACUCUUUUGCAAUUUGUACCUGUUUGUUUCUAGUUAUUUUAUGUAAUAAUGUUGGACUGUUUAGUGUGGAAUACGCUGUACAGAGAAUAAUGUCUCUAGUAAUGGAACUGACAUAAAUAAAAAGUAAUGUUAGUACAUUGUCAA